AUGGUGAAGUUAGCCAAAGUCCCCAUUCUAGGAAAUGAUAUUAUCCAUGUUGGGUAUAAUAUUCAUGACCAUUUGGUUGAAACUAUAAUCAAACAUUGCCCUUCUUCAACGUACGUUAUUUGUAAUGAUACAAAUCUGAGUAAGGUCCCAUAUUACCAACAAUUAGUUCAGGAAUUCGAAGCUUCUUUACCAGAAGGUUCUCGUUUACUUACCUAUGUUGUCAAACCAGGUGAGACAAGUAAGAGUAGAGAAACUAAGGCAAAACUAGAAGACUAUCUUUUAUUAGAAGGAUGUACUCGUGAUACUGUUAUGAUAGCUAUUGGUGGUGGUGUUAUCGGUGACAUGAUUGGGUUUGUUGCUUCUACCUUUAUGAGAGGUGUCCGUGUUAUUCAAGUGCCAACAUCCUUAUUAGCAAUGGUAGAUUCAUCUAUCGGCGGUAAAACCGCCAUUGACACUCCAUUGGGUAAAAACUUUGUUGGUGCAUUCUGGCAACCAAAAUUUGUCCUUGUAGAUAUUAAAUGGCUGGAAACAUUAGCCAAAAGAGAAUUCAUCAAUGGAAUGGCAGAAGUUAUCAAGACCGCUUGUAUUUGGAACGCUGAUGAGUUUACUAGAUUGGAAUCAAACGCCUCAUUGUUUUUGAGUGUUGUUAACGGUGCUAAAAAUGUAAAGGUUACUAACCAAUUGACAAACGAAAUUGACGAGAUAUCGAAUACUGAUAUUGAAUCGAUGUUGGAUCAUACGUAUAAGUUAGUUCUUGAGAGCAUCAAGGUUAAAGCAGAGGUUGUUUCAUCUGAUGAACGUGAAUCCAGCCUAAGAAAUCUUUUGAACUUCGGUCAUUCUAUUGGUCAUGCGUAUGAAGCUAUCCUAACUCCACAGGCAUUACAUGGCGAAUGUGUAUCCAUUGGUAUGGUUAAAGAAGCAGAGUUAUCUCGUUACUUCGAUAUUCUCUCCCCUACUCAAGUUGCUCGUCUAUCCAAGAUUUUGGUCGCAUACGGUUUACCUGUUUCCCCUAAUGAGAAAUGGUUCAAAGAGUUAACUUUACACAAGAAAACACCAUUGGAUACCUUAUUGAAGAAAAUGAGUAUUGAUAAGAAAAAUGAGGGUUCGAAAAAGAAAGUGGUCAUUUUAGAAAGUAUCGGAAAGUGUUACGGUGAUUCUGCCCAAUUUGUUAGUGAUGAAGAUUUGAGGUUUAUUUUAACCGAUGAAACCCUUGUUUACCCUUUCAGGGACAUUCCUGCUAGUCAAGAAAAAGUGAUUAUCCCUCCUGGCUCUAAAUCUAUUUCUAACCGUGCUUUAAUUCUUGCUGCUCUCGGAGAAGGUCGGUGCAAAAUUAAGAAUCUACUACAUUCAGAUGAUACAAAACAUAUGUUAACCGCCGUUCACGAAUUGAAGGGUGCAACGAUAUCAUGGGAAGAUAAUGGUGAAACCGUAGUAGUGGAAGGGCACGGUGGAUCCACAUUAUCAGCAUGUCCUGAUCCAUUGUAUCUAGGAAAUGCGGGUACAGCGUCAAGAUUUUUGACUUCAUUGGCUGCCUUGGUAAAUUCCACUCCAAAGCAAAAGUAUGUAGUUCUAACCGGUAAUGCAAGGAUGCAACAAAGACCGAUUGCUCCUUUGGUCGAUUCUUUACGUACUAAUGGUACUAAAAUUGAGUAUUUGAAUAAUGAAGGUUCUCUUCCAAUCAAGGUGUAUACUGAUUCUGUUUUCAAGGGUGGUAGAAUUGAAUUGGCUGCUACAGUCUCUUCCCAAUACGUGUCUUCUAUCCUAAUGUGUGCCCCAUAUGCUGAAGAACCUGUCACUUUGGCUCUUGUUGGUGGUAAACCAAUUUCUAAAUUGUACGUCGAUAUGACAAUAAAAAUGAUGGAAAAAUUUGGCAUCAAUGUUGAAACUUCUACUACAGAACCUUACACCUAUUAUAUCCCAAAGGGCCAUUAUAUCAAUCCACCAGAGUAUGUUAUUGAAAGUGACGCCUCUAGUGCUACAUAUCCAUUAGCUUUCGCUGCAAUGACUGGUACCACUGUUACAGUUCCAAACAUUGGUUUUGAGUCGCUACAGGGUGAUGCUAGAUUUGCGAGAGAUGUCUUGAAACCUAUGGGCUGUAAAAUAACUCAAACUGCAACUUCAACAACUGUUUCGGGUCCUCCAAGAGGCACCCUAAAGCCAUUGAAACACGUUGACAUGGAGCCAAUGACUGAUGCCUUCUUGACUGCGUGCGUGGUUGCCGCAGUUUCACACGACGACGAUCCAAACUCUACCAAUACAACCACCAUUGAAGGUAUUGCAAAUCAACGUGUCAAAGAGUGUAAUAGAAUUUUAGCCAUGGCUACAGAGCUCGCCAAAUUCGGUGUCAAAACUACAGAACUACCAGAUGGUAUUCAGGUCCACGGCUUAGAUUCAAUAAACGAUUUGAAAGUACCUUCGGACUCUACUGGACCUAUUGGUGUAUGCACAUAUGAUGACCAUCGUGUUGCCAUGAGUUUUUCACUUCUUGCAGGUAUGGUCAAUUCUCAAAAGGAGCCAAAUGAAGCCACUGGGCCUGUAAGAAUACUUGAAAGGCAUUGUACUGGUAAAACCUGGCCUGGCUGGUGGGAUGUAUUACAUUCUGAACUAGGCGCGAAAUUGGAUGGUGCAGAACCUUUAGAGCUUUCAUCUAAAAAGAACUCCAAGAAAAGCGUUGUAAUUAUUGGUAUGAGAGCAGCAGGUAAAACCACUAUUAGUAAAUGGUGUGCAACUGCUUUAGGUUACAAAUUAGUCGAUUUAGAUGAGUUAUUUGAACAACAGCACGACAACCAAAGUGUCAAACAGUUUGUUGUGCAAAAUGGUUGGGAGAAGUUCCGUGAGGAAGAAACAAGAAUUUUCAAGGAGGUCAUUCAAAAUUACGGUGACGAUGGGUAUGUGUUCUCUACAGGUGGUGGCAUUGUUGAAAGCGCGGAGUCCAGAAAAGCUUUGAAAGACUUUGCUUCGUCAGGCGGUUAUGUCUUACACUUACAUAGAGAUAUCGAGGAGACAAUCAUUUUCUUACAAAGUGACCCUUCUAGACCUGCCUAUGUGGAAGAGAUUCGUGAAGUUUGGAAUAGAAGAGAGGUAUGGUAUAAAGAAUGUUCAAAUUUCUCUUUCUUUGCGCCUCAUUGCUCCGCAGAAGCCGAGUUUCAAGCUUUGAGAAGGUCAUUCAGUAAAUAUAUCGCCACAAUUACAGGAACGAGAGAUGUAAGAAUUCCAAGCAAAAGAUCUGCUUUCGUUUGCUUGACAUUUGAUGAUUUGACUGAACAGGCCGAAAAUUUGACCCCAAUCUGUUAUGGUUGUGAGGCUGUAGAGGUCCGGGUAGACCAUUUAGCUAAAUACUCUGCUGACUUCGUCAGUAAACAAUUGUCAAUAUUGCGCAAAGCUACAGACAGUAUUCCUAUCAUCUUUACUGUACGUACUAAGAAGCAAGGCGGUAACUUCCCGGAUGAAGAGUUCAAAACUUUAAGAGGGCUAUAUGAUAUUGCCUUGAAAAAUGGUGUUGAAUUCCUUGACUUGGAACUAACCCUACCCACUGAUAUUCAAUAUGAAGUUAUCAAUAAAAGGGGAAACACCAAAAUCAUUGGAUCCCACCAUGAUUUCCAAGGAGUGUACUCAUGGGAUGAUGCUGAGUGGGAAAACAGAUUUAAUCAAGCUCUAACUCUUGAUGUGGAUAUCGUAAAAUUAGUGGGUACUGCCGUUAAUUUUGAAGACAACUUGAAACUAGAACGGUUCAGGGACGCACACAAGGCAAAACCUUUAAUUGCAAUUAACAUGUCCUCAAAAGGUAGCAUUUCCCGUGUUUUGAAUAAUGUUUUAACACCGGUGACAUCAGAGUUACUUCCUAACGCUGCUGCUCCUGGUCAAUUGACAGUGGCACAAAUCAACAAGUUAUAUACAUCUAUGGGAGGAAUCGAGCCUAAAGAAAUGUUCGUUGUUGGAAAACCAAUCGGCCAUUCUAGAUCACCAAUUUUACAUAAUACUGGUUACGAGAUUUUAGGUUUGCCUCACAAAUUCGAUAAGUUUGAAACUGACUCCGCAGAGUUAGUGAAGGAAAAACUUUUGAAUGAAAAUAAGAACUUUGGCGGUGCCGCUGUGACAAUCCCUCUGAAAUUAGAUAUAAUGCAGUAUAUGGAUGAAUUGACUGAUGCUGCUAAAGUGAUUGGUGCUGUAAACACUGUUAUCCCACUAGGUAAUGACAAAUUUAGAGGUGACAACACCGACUGGUUAGGUAUUCGUAAUGCGUUAAUCAGCAAUGGUGUCCCUGAAUCUGUUGGCCAUACUGCUGGUUUGGUUAUUGGUGCAGGUGGAACUUCUAGAGCCGCUCUUUAUGCGCUACACAGUUUAGGUUGUAAAAAGAUCUUUAUCAUUAACAGGACAAUUUCCAAAUUGAAGCCAUUGAUCGAAUCACUUCCAUCCGAAUUCAACAUCAUUGGAAUAGAGUCCACUAAGUCUAUAGAGGAAAUCAAGGAACACGUUGGUGUCGCUGUCAGUUGUGUACCAGCCGACAAACCAUUGGACAACGAACUUUUAGGUAAGUUAGAAAGAUUCCUCGUAAAGGGCGCACAUGCUGCUUUUAUACCAACCUUAUUAGAAGCCGCUUACAAGCCAAGUGUCACCCCUGUUAUGACCAUAUCGCAAGAUAAGUAUCAAUGGCACGUUGUCCCCGGUUCUCAAAUGCUGGUUCACCAAGGUGUGGCCCAGUUUGAAAAGUGGACAGGGUUCAAGGCUCCUUUUAAAGCCAUUUUUGAUGCUGUUACAAAAGAGUAA